AUGACAGAAAAGUUGCCCCCGCUGUCGACGCCGAUCGCGCCCCCUAGUCAGUCUGCUGCUGCCUCUUUACUUCCGAGCGUCGUCGCUGCCCGAGAUACCGCUCGAAAGCAGGAGCUGGCGGUAGAAGAGGAACCGUACACCAUCAAGUGUAUUUGCAACUUCACUGACGAUGAUGGAAACACAAUAUACUGCGAGACGUGCGAAACAUGGCAGCACAUCGAGUGUUACUACCCCGACAACAUCGACGAUGCUCUUCGGGCAGACUUCGCGCACUCCUGCGUAGACUGCGAGCCGAGGCCGAUUGACCGCCAGCAAGCGAUUGAACGCCAAAGUGCUCGUCUCGCCGGCGCUCUCCUCGAGGAGGCCGCCGCCGACAAGAAAGCCAAGCGUCCGCCGUCCAAGAGCAGCAAUAAAAAGCGGCCCAAGCCGUCGGAGCUUCAAAUAAAUGGCGGUGCUCAUCACUCUCACGGCGCUGACAUCUCCAAGCAUACCGGCUCUCACGAUAAUCCCCCACCCGCGAAGAAGGCCAAAAGCUCUCACAGGCCGAGUCAUUCGGUCAGCUCCACAACCGCGAAGCGCAAUCCUUCGUAUGGCAACGCAAAGGCUGCUGCUACUCACGGUCAUCCUCUGAGCCCAGUAACGACCCCUCCUGACCUGCCCGAUGAUUUCGAGCUCCAUGCCUAUUCCCCCACUUUUACAGCCCUCUAUACAGAGUCGGAUGCCCAGCUCGUCUUCUCCAACAGCUUCACCCACUUGCAGGUGUCCAAUACCAUGUCGGCAUGGCUUCGCGAUCCGCUCAAGUUGCAAAAGGAAACUGGUUGCUCGUACAGCGACGUGUUCCAGGACAUUCCUUUAAACAUCGACUUGAUUGCCGUCAAGCCUGUUGUAGAGCGUGUCAAGAAGACUAUCUCGCCCGACAAGGUCGUCCAGUGGCAGUGCCUGAUUGCGCCCAGACCCAUUGACAAAGACGUCCCGCUUGUGGAAGUCAAUGGCCAAAUUGGAUUCCAGGCUGCUUACUGCGCAGAACCUUCAAGCAAGUGGGACGAGCUGACAUCCCCUCUUCCCUUUGUUCUGUUCCACCCGCUGCUACCUCUCUAUAUCGACACAAGGAAGGAAGGCUCGGAAGCAAGAUAUGUUAGGCGCAGCUGCAAGCCGAAUGCCAUCCUUGAGACGUAUCUAUCAACCGGCAGCGAGUAUCACUUCUGGCUUGUGAGCGACCGCAAGAUCGCUGCCAAAGAGCAGAUCACGAUUCCUUGGGACUUCCGACUCCCCAAUGACAGGAAGGCCCGCAUCAUGCGUGUACUCGGUCUCGAGGAUGACGAUGAUGGCGCGCAUACCGAAACGGUCGACGACGAGGAGUACCAAACACUCGCAGCCUGGGUAUAUCGCGUGCUCACCGAAUACGGAGGCUGCGCGUGCAACCUGGGCCCGGAGUGCGCGUUUGCUCGUUUUCACCGAAACCACUUGGCCAAGAUCAAGCCUCGGUCAAACCCAGGGCCUACUCUCAAAACGACAAAGAAGCAGCGCAAGACCAAGGCGUCCAAUGCUCAUUCACCGACCAGCAUAGGACAUGCCACCAACAGCCGAGCUCCUAGCGAGGGCCGACUCGAGGAUGGGACUGAGCUCGAUCACCGGUCCGUGUCUAGUUCCUCACGGAGCAAGCCGCCGAGCCGUGACCUGACUCCGACGGCGCGCCACGGCUCAUUCGAUACCCUCGGGAUAUUGACGGAGCCGACAGACCGGGAUAAGCGGAAGGUCGCCAUGGUAGAAGACACGUUUCGCCGGAUGGAGCAGCAACAACAGCAGCAGUCGCAGCGGAAGAGGAAGCGUGCAUCGGAUGGGCAUAAUGCCGCGAAGGCGUCCAAGACCAGCUCCACAUCACAUACACCCCAUCUCGGCUAUGUUGAUGCUGCGGCGGGGACGUCGAGGAGCAAGGCUGGUUCGCCCGUGCGCCCAAAUCCUGAUGGUGCGAAGAGUACGCGGUCGAAAGCUGGCUCUGCUGCCCCUGCUCAAGCUCGCCGUGCUACAAGCGCGCCACAGCCGCCCAAGUACUGCGAUGUGGCAGUGCAGACAGAUCCAGAAGAUCCGCCAACGAUAUCCGAUGCGGUUCCGAUGAAGCGCAGGGUAGCUUCUUGCGUGAGCUUGAGGAAGAGGAUGCUGGAAAACUGGCACCAUCUUCGCGUGGAGGAGGAGAUCCGGAUUAAACGUCGUGCAUCGGAACAGACGCCCUCGGUAUCUGCAGAGAGCAACGCAGACCAGGAAUCACUUACAGCAUCGCCAACAGCAGUGAAGACAUCCGACAAAGGGACAACAACAGCUGCUGCUCAGGUUGCGAGUGCAAAGGACGUCGUAAUGAUCGAUACUUCGGCCUUGGCACUGAGUGUUGUGGCAACGCCGAAUCCGCUUAAGACCAAGGGCACCGAACUUCGUGUCCAGAUGCCCCCUCCGGUGCCGGCCUUCGACAGCCCCACUUCCGCGGUCGCAUCCACUCCCGCCCCAGUAUUCGGCGGCCCCACAGUCCCACCGUCGCCCUUCUCGACAAUCGCCGCUGGUGGCUACGCAAACGCGUUCCCUCCGCCGGCGGUCAAUGGCGUCACCGCGACGCCUAGUCCGGUCAAGAAGAAGCUCAGCCUCAGCGAUUAUAAGAGCAGGAUCAAGGCCCGGCCGUCCCUCGGCACUAAUGCAGUGAAGCCUCCGACAAACCCAGAGGAGCCCAAGUCAGCCACGAGCGUUGAUGCUGGCGGCUCUCCGACAGCCGAGAAGGUUGCUUCCGCGUCAACCCCGACUGCGGUGUCAGCGGCAGCCGAUGCCAACAGCCUGAGCGCGGCAUCCGGGCCUGUGUAA